AUGGGCACACGAGCUCCCGAUCGAGACAGGCUCAGCUGGACAUUCUUCGAGAUCGACGUUGGGAAGGAAGCCAAUGCAUGCGGAGGGACUGUUGAUUUCAGAGACGAGUCGAAGGAGUGGUACGAAGGUGCCCCUGAGCAGAUCGUUACCCCACCAUGGCCACAUGGAAAUUUCGGACCGAUGAAGCUGUAUGGAGAGGAGUGCACGUAUAGCGCUAAUGGCGAGAAUCCGGGGAUAUUAAAUUGCAAGAAUUUCCUCAAGGCAGCUUCAUACCAUCAAGACAACAAGAAGGAACAGGGCGCAGAGAUUGUGGGGCAUUGUGGAAGUAGUGCCGCAGGUAGCGAAGAGUACGAAGUGCAUCCAGUGGCUUUCUGCGAGUGGUAG